UCUUGCUGACAAAGGGCUAGCCAUGAAGACCUGGAGGAGCUGGCUACGACUAGCCCUGUCUGCGGUGCUCUGCUUCCAAGCCAAGGCAGAAAACUCUACAGUAGAAACAUUUAGUAUGGUGAUUAAGAACACGUCAAGUAUUAUAAAUGUGACAUGGAAAAAGCCAGAUGAAACUGUGAGCGACUCAUGCUACAGGACGCACAUACAGUAUAGGCAAUACUGUGACACAUCCUGGAAGAGCGUUACUGACAUUCCAGGGUUCUUCUUCCAGCUGCCUGCUCCAGAUUUGACAAAGAAUUAUGUUUUCAGACUAAGGAUGAGGCUGUAUUGUAUCAACAGUGAGUGGAGUGAAUGGAGCCCAGAGAAAUACUGGAACAAUGACACAGAUCUAUGCAUUGCUAAAACAUCUGUUAACAUCAAGAACUAUCUGUUGGUAACUCUGCUUCUGAUGGCAGGGUUUCUGCUGUUCUUUGCCAUUACACAAGAGCGGGUAAGAAGACUUGUCCUUCCUAUUAUUCCAGAUCCAAAGCACACUCAGGAGACCAUCUUAAACGUUGAGGAACUUCAGUGGUGCAGUAGCUUUCCAGGUGCAUGUGAAGAGUGCAAGACAGCUGAGAUCCUGGUGGUGGAGGAGACUGAGAUCCCCGAGAUUCCUGAAUCCACACACACAGCCUUCGACAACUACGACCGUGACCUGACCGCCAAUUCCAUCAAUCCGUACUCUCCGGUUCCACUAGAGCAGACUGUAGCACUGAUAUGUCCUCACACCACACCAGGCUACAUUGUCCUCUAAGCAUUACCCAUGCUGAGUUAUUCUAAAUUAUGCAUGGAUAACUUGAUGGGGUAUUGCAGUUCAUAGAUUAAGUGGCUUUCUGAAAAAGCCACUUAAUCAAUCAGUAUUACUCUGCCCAUCUCAGUGUGGCUGUAUGAUGUUGUUUAGGAAUAUAUAUUUUUAGCUAAAACAAAACGAAACCAACGGCACAGCCCAUUACUCCUUUCUGUGUCUGUGAGAUUCCCCAUUUAAUAACAACGAUCGCUGUAGCCAUUAUAUUUGGAAACGAAUGUUCAUUUCGUUUGCAAUACUACGUCUGACCAAAAGAGGACACUCUUACUAUUCUCAUGAUCGCCAGACUGGCUGAGGCAUAUCAAAGGCACGGAGGAGCGCGCUCUUCUCGGCGUCGCAGCCUGCCGUAAAAGGAGGAUGUAGGUUAAUUUGAAGGCUGAUUUAAAAGAUUAAUGCGUAUCUGCCUGCAUAAUAGAUGUGUAGCUUCAGUGUGACGCCAUCACGAAGCCCGGGCCGGGGAGGAUGUGCCGCCGCCACGUGCUCCUUGGGGCCGUGAUUGAUGAUCGCGGGACAGAAGGCAAACAAGCGCGCGCGGGAGAGGAUCAUUCAAGCGCGCAUUAAGGGACGCUCUUGUAAAGUUUAGGAUUCCUUAUGUUCACACGUGUCUAAACCUUGACACGUUUGACCAGAGCGCUUUCGUAGUUAUUCUGUUAUUUCGGGCCCUGGCUGCACGGACACAGCUGUCUACAUUGCGUUUCAUUAGGCUACUGAGUCAGCGCAGGCCUAUUACAGCCAUAUGAAGUACAUCCAAGAGCCUUUGUUGACACUAUUCUCAUUCAGCCAUGAAAACAAUUUAGACUCUAUAAUUGAGUGUUUUCGUUUAUUGGCAUUAAGAAACUGUUUUGUUUCUGGAAUUAUUUGAGGCCUCCUAAUAAAGUUUAUUUGGGCCUUCUCAACGGCACAUUGGAUGACGAGACUGGACAGACCGUCUGCAUUUGCUUGCGCAAAUUUCACCGAACUCGUCACAUCACUCCGUAAAAUCUAGACUGUCUUCCACACUUGACUGAACUUAAUUGUAUGCACUCAGACUGUGAAUGGGAUCAGUUCUGUCAAACACAGGGAAUUAUACGGGUCUGUCAGGUCUUACAGCAAAUCCCAGAACCGAAGGAAUUAUAUUUCUGACAUGUACUACAAUAAUCAUUUUAUAGACUCUUAGACCUGUCGGAUCGUGAGUUUUCAUACCAGAGAGGACCUGUGAAGACCUCUGCAUCAGAGAGCCUGCCUUUGAAAAUAUGAAAGGGGAUAUGCUAAUGUUCUUUAAGAAGUCUAUGACAGACUGUGUGGUGAGAAAAGUGUUGUGAGUGUGGAAUUAUUUAGAAACUAGGCAUGCUUGUUAGAAGUAGGUUGUGACUUGUGAGCCAAGGAUGUGUCACUUGCAUUCUUUACAGGCCUACAGCUCUACAAAAGCUCAUAAAUGCAGUGUUGACCAA